AUGCAUCCUGCACUAAUUGUACUUAUUAUUGUCGGUGUACCAUUAGGUGCUUGGGCAGCUUACGAAGGUGCCGAAUACGUCAGGGAAUGGUGGUCUGAGCGUCAAGACCGUAAAGAAUAUGAAGAGUUUGUUCGACACUACAAUGAAAAGCACACGGUCUUCCGUGACGAAUCCUUCGAUAGUGUUGAUAAUGACGAUGACGACGAACCGCUUGCAAAAAGUGUACUGGGACGCCGUGGUUAUGGUGAUGGUUAUCUGCGACACCGUCGCCAACACUCGAGCCGCAAUGCUAACAAGCACCAGUUUAUGCAUAACGACUAUGAACUCUCCGAAAUGGAAAAGACCAUCAUUGCACGACGUGAGCGAUUGGCAAAGGAACAGGCACUGUUGGAACAAGAGGAGAUGGAUCUGCACAGACGCCGGCAGUCGCUGCAGAGCAGGGGAAACAGCUUGAUGGGCAUGCCUUCACCACCAUCACUACAGUCAUCGCAACAACAACGUCAACAGCCCCUCGAAAGUAGCACCCCUAGUCUGGGAUCUAGUCACACAGCUCGAAAUAAUAAUUGGGUCUUUGCUCGUCCACCACUGCCUAUGGAUGCACCAACAUCGACAGCAGCAACACCGGCAGAUCUGGGACCGAAGCUUGGAGCUUUUGAGGCAGCCGAAUGGGAUGCUAUCCGUUAUCAGCAUAGCAAUAGCAGCGAUGAUGGUGAUGAUGAAAAUGGCGACAGUAAGCGGGGCAAUAUGAUGCGAAUGCCGGAACCACAGCAAGAACGCUCACGCAAUGUAUCGGAAUCGGAAGACAGUUGGGCGGAUGUGCAUGAACAACGGCGCCAGCGGAUGCAAAGCGGCACUUUGGAAGACGUGAUGAGCUACAGCUCGAGUCGUACACCAUCCAGCCCUCGUCAUUCGUAUGGAGUGCGCAGCAUUUCAUCCUUCGACGAUAGUGAUGGUUAA